CUCUGAUUAGCCCGGAUCAAAGAUGGCUGCCACUUGACUUCCGGCAGACGGAGAAAACCUACUAAAGCGCAGGGUCACACUUGAAAAGGAAGUUGCCAUUAUGUUGCAGUUUUUGCUGGGAUUUACUUUGGGGAAUGUCGUGGGCAUGUACCUCGCCCAGAACUACCAGGUACCGGAUAUAGCCAAAAAGGUGGAGGAUUUUAAGAAGGAUUUGGAAGCCAAAAAGAAGCCCCCAAGUGACUGAUCCUCAAUGGAUAUUUCUGGAAAGGCCAUUUUUUUUAUCCUAUCCCUUUGUGUAUUAGUGGGGUAUCAAAGGGUGCAGCCAGAAAUGCCGACAAUUGUCAGGGAACCCCUGUAAUGGACUGAUACAUCUUUUUGGGGGGCCACUUAGAGGGAACCUUCUGCUGACUCCCAGCAGAGGCCAAAGAUGCAGCCUAUAAAGCUCCCUACUCUGCUAUACGAGGUGCUCAUUCCGUGUUACUCCUAUUGUACUGGAAGUGUCGGCAAAUAUGGCACCUGGUUGUCCGUAGGCUGCUUUUAGCUUUGGGUAUUAAUAAUAAAGUUAUAUAUUUACUGUAA